AUGGAACAAUUAAGUACUCUCAAUACGGCAGCACCCAUUGAUUAUGAUAAUUUAAAUAUUGUUAUUCAUCCACGACCACCGCGACGACGUCCAAGUGGUGUAUCAUUAGUACCGUUUCGACCUUAUGUUAAAUGUUUAACUAGUGUACGAAAACCAUUUUCAUUUGCUAAUGGGAAAGAUCCAUGGAUGACUAUCGGAAAAACAGAAGAAUUAUUUAAACAAGAAAAUGCAAGAUGUAUUGGUUCAUUAAUUGAUGAUUGUGAUGUAUCGGAUGUUAUUCGAUGGGAUAUUGCAGGAGAAUCAACUCGUUUACCUAUGAUGUGCAAAUUAUGGAUAAUUGUUGAUGGCGCUGUUGUUGAACGAGGAAAACCACAUUUAGUUCAAGAUGCAGCUAUUCAAGUGUGUACAGCAGGUCGUAAUCGUCGUUCGAUAUUAGCAGCUGAACAACGAUAUAGACAAACAUCUGUAUCAACAUUUGAUCGACGUCGUCGUCAUUCUUGGCAUGAUGUUAAUGAAUAUCAUAGUGUACCAUAUUAUCAAUAUACUCGUUCUGUUCGAUCAGGAAAUCAAGAAGGUGUUCAAUGUGAUCUGGAUAAUGAACAUUUAAUAAGUAUACAACAGUUUCUUCCAUUUAUUAGAGAAGAAAUAGUUGAAGAACAUAAACCGACACGUAUCGAAGAACAUUAUGCUGAAGAAACAGUACAUACUCAUCGAAUACCAGAACAUCGAGUUCAUGUUUCAAUAAUGACACAAACAGAACAUCGAUCUCUUGAUAAAUCAACAGAAACUGAUGAUGGAUUCGUUAAAUUAUUUAAUCUUGAUUUACAAACAAAUGAAAAUCUUUUAUCAUCUGUUGCAAAUCUAUAUGUUCGUAAUUUUUCAUCACAUUAUGAUUCAGAAACAAGAACAUUAAUUCGUAAUGGUAUUAGACAUUCAAAUCAAUCAGUAUCAACUGGUGAUGAUUAUCCUCCAUGGUGGCUUCAUCUUUCACCUAGGAUAAUUUUAUCGGAUUUUAUUACAAAUCAUGGUGAACAAAAUAAUACAAAUUUUACUUUUAUUUCUCCAAGACAACAAGAUCAAUCAAUACAAACAGUUACUGAACCAGAUACAGAAAUAGAAUUCGUAAAAUAUCGAACAUCAUCAUCAGCAGCACAAUCACCACAUAUUCGAAAAUCUUCAUCUUCUGUAACUAUAAGUAAUAAUUGUGAAAUUAUUGAUCAAAUUGAUGAUGGAAAUAAUUCAAGAAGAUUAUUACCUUUGACUGAUCAUCGUCAAAGAAUUGAUUCAUAUGGUAAUUUAGAUCGUCAUUUAAGUGAUUGUCAAUUCGAAACUUCAUCAAUUUGUGAAAAUGAUUCUUUAAAUCGAGCAAGAACAUCAUCAAAACAUUCCGAUACUGGUUAUAAUACAUAUACAUCAACUGUUGAUCAACCAUCAUAUUCAAUAUCUAAUCCUUGUAGUAUUCAAAUUCCAUAUCGUUAUUCAACGAAUGAAAUAAACCGAAGAAUACGAACACAAAGUUCAGAAAAUACAUCAUCUAUUGUAUUAGCAAGUUUACUUGAAAGAUAUGAAAGAACAUUACGUGAAAGACAACGAGCUAUUGCGAUUGUUAAUGAUGAAUUAUUAGAUAUUGACGAUGUUCUUAAACAUUAUAGAGAAAAAUUACAAAGUCCAAUAGCAACAAAAUCAGAUAGAACAUCCCAACUUUAUCGAGAUAUAGCAUUAUUAUCAUCUCAAUCAAAAGAAGAAUGUCCAUCAUCAUCAGAAUUAGUAAGUCAUUUAACAAAAACAAAAUAUCGAUCAAUGACAAAUAAAACACGCGAAGAAAUGGUUAAAAAUUAUGCUCCAUCACCUCGAAUUCAUAUAUCAAAUUCAAUAUUCAAUUCUCCUCGACAACGACAACCACGUUUUGAUUAUUGUAAUUUAUGUUUAAAUGAAUAUGGUACAAGUUCAGCAUGGAUUCGUUAUAAUGAAGGACGUAUUGAUAAAAUACAAAAACGUAUUGAUUUAAUGCUUCAAAAUGAUGAUAAUGAAGAAAUUAAAUUUUUAUUAUCAACUACAAAUCCAGUUACACAACGUAUGAAUGAUAUUCUUAUGAGAAAACCAAAACGUCGAAAUCACAUAACUUAUUACCAUGAUCGAAUUAUUUCACCUCAUCGAUAUAAUUUUCGUUUACCAUAUCGUCUAAAUCAAACAUUAUCAAGUUGUCCUCGUCUAUUAACACGCAAUGUAAUACGAUCAACACCUUCAGUAUCAAAAUCAGUACGAAUAUCAACAAAUCAUGAUUAUAUUCCAAAUGAAACUCAUCUUCGUGAACACACAUCAACGUCAUUAAAAACUCUUUCUCGACCAACUGUUUCUAUUUUACGUCGUAACGUUUCAACAUCAACAUCACGUUCACAUCAAUUAGUUGAACCAACACAUGUAUGGAAAAGUGAUAUUGAUGGAACAGUUUAUAUACUUGAACAAUUUAGUAUACCACGUUAUUAUCGUUUAUAUAAUGAUGUUAAUUUUAGAGAAAUUUACAAUUUUUCACGUAUACUUCAAUCAUAUGUAAAUCAUAAUCGAUUAACUUCAAAAGAUUAUUCAUCGAUUAUAAAAAACUUUGCAUUAGAACAACAAUUACCAACUAUAACAAGCGUAGCAUAA